CAAGAAGUAGAAACUAAGAGAAGGAGAAGAAGAAGGAAACGGAGUUGCUAGCUGUGUUAGCUUACCUUUUCUUAAUGUCGUUUUCGGAUGGCGUUACAGGGUCUCUGAGCUGAAUGUAUGGGCGUCUGUAGCCAGAAUGUCUUCACCUUGGCGUCAGGAAGAAGUCAACGACGAGCAUUUAACUCCCACUGCAGAAACAUUCACAGAGCUAAAGGAAAUAAUCGUCAAGUCAGAGGAAGAGAUCGAUGGUGAGCGCAGACUGCUGGAUUUCAACCGAUUACCCCAGAUAAUCGUCCACCAAAUAGACCCACAGCAUCAUGUUGAGAAGGAGGAGGCUCCUGUGGACCUGCAGCUCUGGCCCCAGCAGAGGAACUCUAAAGCGGGCCAGGAGGAAAUAGAUCCAUUGCAGAUCAAAGAAGAGCAGAAGGAGCUUGAACAUCUGCAGAUAAAAGAGGAAGAAGAUGAACUCUGCAUAAGUCAGGAUGAAGCACAGAUUGUGCUAAAGCAGGAGACUGAGACCUUCAUGGUGACUUCUAAUUAUGAGGGAAAAUACCUCAUUGAACCAGAACAAAACUGGAACCAAGGCAUCUCUCAGGAUACUCCUGAAGCUGAUCAGGAUGGAAGCAGUGAAGAAGAUUCAGGAUCAGAGACAGAUGAAGAGCAAAUCCAAAACAAGAGAUGUCAGCAUAAUGACAGUGUUGAUGAUUCAGAACAAAAAAGUGUGUGUUCUUGUAAAAUAUGUGUUAAAAUUAUUCCUCAAAAUAGUUUCCUGACCCGACAUGGGGGAAAUCCCUCAAGGGAAAAACCUUUCUCAUGUUUGACCAGUGGAAAAAGUUUCUCCCAGAAAACUUUCUUAAAAAAGCAUGUAAGAGUUCACACAGAUGAAAAGUCUUUCUCAUGUUCAGUUUGUGGAAUAAGUUUUACUCAAAAAAUUCAUUUAAGUCAUCACUUAACAACUCACACAGAUGAAAAGCCUUUCUCAUGCUUGACCUGUGGGAAAACAUUUAGGUUCAAAAGUAGUUUGAAUAUACAUAUGAGAGUCCACACAGGUGAAAAGCCUUUUCCAUGUCUGACUUGUGGGAAAAGUUUUAAUCAGAAAGGUAAUUUGAUUUAUCACAUGAGAAUUCACACAGGCGAGAUGCCUUUCUCAUGUAGCAUUUGUGGAAAAGGUUUCACACAAAGAAGUCAGUUAGAACUACACAUGAGAAGUCACACAGGUGAAAAGCCUUUCUCAUGUGUGACCUGUGGAAAAAGUUACAGUCAAAAAGGAAAUUUAACUUGUCACAUGAGAACUCACACGGGAGAGAAGCCUUUUCCGUGUUUGACCUGUGGAAAAAGUUUUACUAUAAAAAGUCUUUUGAACAAACACCUGAGAACUCACACAGGUGAGAGGCCUUUCUCCUGUUUGACAUGUGGAAAAAGCUUUCUUCAAAAGACUCAUUUAACCGAUCACAUGAGAAUUCACACAGGUGAUAGGCCUUUUUCCUGUAUCACCUGUGGAAAAUGUUUUCUUCAAAAGACUCAUUUAACAGAUCACCUGCGAAUUCACACAGGUGAGAAGCCUUUCUCAUGCAGUACAUGUAAUAAAACAUUUAACCUAAAAAGUAAUCUCAAUUUGCACAUGAGAUCUCACUCAGAUUAGAAGCAUUUCUUAUGUAUCAACUGUAAAAGUCUAACAUCAAAAAUGGCAGGAUAUGUUGAACACAAAAAUCUGAGCUUGUGGAUCAGCAUUCACCAUAAGUGCACCAUGAGUAGUGCAGUCAGUAAGGAAGGAGGUAGGAAAAGGAGCCUGUAUGCUUCCUGUCAUAGUCCCAUUAGCAUACCAAGCAUGUGAGGUCCCUAAAUUGUGCUGAGGAGCCGUAGGGAAACCUGUGCGUGACAUGACAUAAACACAGUUACCCUCAUGGAAACAAAAAUGUUCUGAGAGAAGAGAGCGCACACUUUCCAGUUCUUUUUUGGAAGGAGGUAGGCCUAGAAUCAUUCAUCUGCAUUCCAUUGUGUAAUGAUAUGAGUUCAAGGCUGUCCGAAACCUACCUCCGAAACUGAAGAUCCUUUCCUCUCCACGAUAGUCUUCUUACAGUUGACCUCAUGAAACGUCAAGGAACAGGACCUAGGAGCUACAAUUAGAAAAAUAGUGUAACAGCAAAGUUUGAAAUCAAAGGAAGCAAUGAAAUCGCCAGCUGUCAUGUGAUAAAAUAUAAUGUAUAUACAUUUGUUAACUUUGAAAAGUAAACUGAUUAUUUGUUUAUGUUGUACACAUUGUUUAUUUUGCUUAUAAUGUGUAUAGACCAUUUUCUGUAAGAAAAAAAAAAAGCUAUUCAUAAAACUGAAACAAUUAAAACAACAUCAUCGCCAGUUAACUCUGUUUAACGAGACAAUAACAAGCAAUUGGACCGGUUACUGUUAGAAUUAAAGUCUGUAUGCGUUUCAUCAGAAAAACAUAAGAAAUUACAAAAAAAAAUAAAAAUAAAACAGACCUAUGUACAUUUGUGGGCGAGUAGGUAUCAAACCAUUGUCAUUUUGUCCUUUCAGUCACAGACGAAGAUAUCCUUCGGUUCAUCCAGACCCGCACCCGUCUGGACUUCCUCUUUACGGGGAAGAGACGCAAGGUGCAAGGAGCAUGGCAGUAAGUACAUCACAAUCAUCAUUAUGUCAAAUUCUCAUGAGUCCAGUGACUAAUGCCAUGGCAUCAAAAGGGCGUCCACCAGCACGAGUCUGUCUGCACCGUACAUCAGCACUGACCUGUCUGCAACGUCCAACAGCACUGCACCGUCCACCAGCACUGGCCUGUCUGCAGCAACACGAACAAGAAAGCGCCGUGGAGAUUCACUUGCUCGCAUGAUCAGACAACAAUGUGAAAGGGACAAUGCAUACACACAAAAAAUAAUAGAACAAAAUGAAAAAAUAAUCAAGCUACUUGAGGACAGCACACACAAAAUCAUUGAUCAAAAUGAAAAAAAUAAAACUGGAGGACAUUCAGAAGCAAAAUAAAUAAACACAUAUUGCCACAA